GCUGCAAUUAUCAGCAGUGGGUGUAAGGUUCUCUAGGCGGGACUUCAUCAAGUAUGUUUGUGUGCCAGGAAGUUCAGUGACAUAGCUUGCUACUGCAACGCCGACUGAGUAGAGAAGGGCAAAUUGUUUUUACAAAAAUGGUCGAAAAGGAAGAAAGUAAAGACGAAGUUAAAUACUACAGCUUGGAAGAAGUACAGCAACAUAAUUCUUGUAAGAGCACAUGGCUUAUUAUCCAUAACAAGAUAUAUGAUGUCACGAAAUUCUUGGAAGAGCAUCCAGGAGGAGAGGAAGUACUCCGGGAGCAGGCUGGAGGUGAUGCUACAGAGAGCUUUGAAGAUGUUGGUCAUUCUACAGAUGCUCGGGAAAUGACCAGCAUGUACAUGAUAGGUGAACUUCAUCCUGAUGAUAGACCCAAAAUUCAGAGACCAGCGGACACGUUAAUUACAACAAAAAGUGAGACUUCAAGCUGGUGGACCAACUGGGUUAUUCCAGGAAUAGCAGCAACCAUUGUUACUUUGAUGUAUCGCUUAUACAUGACUGAAGAAUAACCACUGUUUAGGAAUUUGUCAAUAAAACUGAGCUACUGUGGAUCUCUAGAAAUUUAACUGUUUGAACAUCUGAUUCUGAAUCAAUGAAUUCCUUAAAUAAUAUAUGAAAGUUUGUUUUUUUUUCUCUCCAUGAGAUUUAAGUAUGUAUUUACAUAUUUUGAAAUGUAUGUAUGUAUGAAAAAUAUAAUCUGCCUCUCAAGUACUGAUUUUUUUUAUUUUCAUUUCACUUACCAUAAAAGCUUUGUUAAAAUGAUUUAUAUAUAAUGACAUACAUCGUAUACCCACUACUCUAUUCUUAAUCUCUGUUACAGUCUCUGGGAUUUCCCCCUCUGAUUCCAUUGCAUAGUGUGGGGCUGUACAAAUGUUUUCUUUUUUCCUGUUUAAUGUAUCUGACCUGAGCACCUUCUAGUCUGUAACACCCUGUAAUGUAAGCUGUCCUGGUCUAUACCAGUCCAAAAUAAAUAAACUAAUUGUUAUUUUAUAAUUAAAAA